AUGGCUCGGGAUAUGUCAGACAUUGACAUCCUUAAGAUGGAGCUGGAACAGCUGAAGAAAGAGGUCUCAACGCCCAGGGAACCUGUGUCCAAGACAUCCAAGGACAUCAUGGAGUGGUGUGAGGCUGCGUCUAGUACCGACCUCCUGAUAACAGGAGUACCAGAUGAUAAGAACCCCUACAAGCCUGAGAAGGGAGGCUGCAUAAUCACCUAG